AUGAGCAAGCGGAACCAGGUUUCGUACGUGCGGCCAGCUGAACCAACGUUCCUGGCUCGCUUCAAGGAACAGGUUGGCUACAGGGAAGGGCCUACGGUGGAAACCAAGAGAAUCCAGCCUCAGCUCCCAGAUGAAGAUGGUGACCCCAGUGACAAAGAAGAUGAACAGCCCCAAGUGGUGGUUUUAAAAAAGGGAGACCUGGGGCACCUGGACCUGUCAGUUGAAGAAGUCAUGAAAAUUAAAGCAGAAAUAAAGGCUGCCAAAGCAGAUGAAGAACCGGCUAUACUUGAUGGAAGAAUCAUGUAUGGAAAACCAGUCAAACGUUCCUUGGAUGAAAAAUAUUCAGGUUUAACAGCAAGCUUAAGAAAGAGGAAGGCAAAUGAAGAUGAAAUAAAUAAGCAGGACUCAGUUAAAAAGAACUCACAAAAGCAAAUCAAAAACAGUUGCCUCCUUUCUUUUGACAAUGAAGAUGAAACUGAGUAAGUGUAAAUAUUUUGG